GGGCCUUGAUCCGGGACAGACAAGGUGAGAUGAACGUUUCCAUAUGUUCUCUCAAUGUGUUUAUAAGAUCUAUCAAUUCCCUCUAAAAAGUAUUCUCAUCAUCAUCAGGUUCCAGUCCUUUCAUUCGCUUGCCACCCAAUUCAACCUAAACUGAUAUUUCAACGACACUCUUUCUCGGUCUUUCAAUUCCAACUAUGCGUCAAUCAAUGAGGGCCAGAGCUGUUGCAGCUCUCGCUGCUUCUACAGCAAAUGCCGCCUCCCUUGCCGAUGUCUGCACUGUUUCCAAUGUUCAAGCUGCUUUACCAGCAAACGGAACCUUGAACGGCAUCAACCCAAUUGCGACUUCUGUUACUGCUAACGCAGUAUACAACGCCACUAGCAAAUCUUCCAACGUCGCUUACAACUAUUGCAACGUCACCGUCACCUAUGCUCAUCCUGGAAAAGAUUUAGUCGUCGCUUGGUACAACUUUCCCAGUCCAGAGACCUACAAGAACCGUUUCUAUGUUGGCGGCGGAGGUGGAUACGCUCUCAACGCUGAUCCCACCGGAGGUUUGCCAUAUGGUGCUGUGAGUGGAGUCUCUGAUGCAGGUUAUGCUGCCAUUAGUGGCACAACUGUUGAUGAAGUUGUCUUGACUGGAAAUGGAUCCAUCAACUGGGACAGUGUUUACAUGUUCUCAUACCAAGCACUUGGUGAGAUGACUCAGCUUGGAAAGGCUAUCACUCCAUUGUUCUACGGUAACAACAGCUCAAAGCUCUACACCUACUACGAGGGAUGCUCUGAUGGUGGACGUGAGGGCAUGUCCCAAAUUCAACGUUAUGGUUCCGAGUACGAUGGUGCCAUUACUGGUGCUCCAGCUUUCCGUUACGGACAACAACAAGUGGUAAGUUAUACUCGAGAUCAAUAGAGCCUUGUCAUACAGCAGAUGCUAAUCUCUUCCAGAACCACUUGUUUUCCAACGUUGCUGAGGUCAUGAUGGACUACUUCCCACCUCCUUGUGAGAUGGACAAGAUUGUCAACAUGACAAUUGCUGCCUGUGAUCCCCUUGAUGGCCGUACAGAUGGCGUCGUAUCUCGUACCGAUCUUUGCAAGUUGCACUUUAACUUGAACAGCACUAUUGGCGCUGCUUAUUCUUGUGAAGCUUCAAGUAGCAGCUCCCUUGGAUUUGCUUUCGGUCAAAAGGCUAAGAGACAAAUGGGCAUGGCCAGUGCUAGUACACCUGCCCAAAAUGGCACUGUCACUGCUCAAGGAGCUGCUCUCGCUGCUCAACUCUACGACGGUAUGUUUAACUCCAAAGGAGAGCGUGUCUACCUUCCAUGGCAACCAGCUUGUUCAUUCCAAGAUGCCACCACCAGCUAUGACAACACUACUGGUACAUGGGGAGUUGAUAUUGCAUCUACCGGAGGUGAAUUCGUAACCAAGUUCAUCCAAUUGGUUGAUCUCGACAACCUUGCUUCGCUUGAGGGCGUUACAAUGGAUACCCUCCAAGGAUGGAUGCAACAAGCAAUGGUCAGAUACAUGGACAGUUUACAAACCACCGUUCCUGAUAUCUCUGAGUUCCAAUCUUCCGGAGGAAAGCUCAUCCACUACCACGGAGAAUCCGAUGACAGUAUCCCAACCAGUUCUUCGGUUCGCUACUACGAUUCCGUCCGCUCCAUCAUGUACCCUAAGCAAUCCUUCAACGAGAGUAUCACCUCCCUCAAGGCAUGGUACAAGCUGUUCCUCAUCCCAGGAGCCGCCCAUUGCAGCACCAACACUCUUCAACCAGGUCCUUACCCAGCAGACAACAUGGCUACCAUGAUCGAUUGGGUUGAGAAUGGUAUUGAGCCUGAAAGACUUAAUGCUACUGUCAGCAGUGGUACUUACGAAGGAGAAGUUCAGAAGCUUUGCGCUUUCCCAUUGAGACCUAUUUGGGAUUCUGAGGGUGCUUUGUCCUGCGAAUAUGAUCAAAGUUCCGUUGAUAGCUGGAUUUACACCCUUGAUGCUUUCAAGAUCCCAGUCUACUAGAUGUGUUGUAGUAUCUUACUCGGAGAUCUAUGUGAUAGAGGAGAGGCUAUGUGAUUAGAGUUGGUGGAUGGUAUAGCAUUUUGUGAGAGUCGUAGCGUGCAAAGUUAUAGCUGGUGUUUCUUUUCUCAAUUCGUGUAUCAUAUCUUUGCAUUCUUUGGCGGAAAGUAUAUAUGAACCAAUUCCUGCCCUAAAUUUUCGUGUUUCUCAUAAUAGUUGAGUGAAUGAUCAACCUUCCAACU